UUUUCCCCCCUAGUUUUGCGCACUGGAAGUUUUCAUUAAGCACCUAAAGAAGAAGUAAUACGUUUUCAUCUGCAUACUCCCUUUACUGUAUUUGUUUCUGGUUACUUAAUUAUUACUCCUGGAUUGAAUUAAACAAUUGGAAUUCAUGCUCACUUCAGUGUUUAAUAACAGUUUUGGGAAAAACAACGUGCAUUCAAAACACUGCAUCCUGUGCUUGUCUGUUGAUAAAACUGUUGCCAACAGACAUAUCAAGUGUUUGUUCUAAACAAGAAAUAUGAUGAAUCAUAGCAGCCAAAUGCAAAUGAUAGCAAAGUUCAAUUGCGAAAAAUGUAGGUUUUCAACAAAGGAUCCACUUAAAUACAACAACCACGUCUCUCUUCACAAAGACAUUAAGUUUUCCUGUUCACAUUGUAACUAUGUGUGCUAUACGAAAGGAGAAUUUCAAAGACAUUUAGUGACCCAUACUGGGAAAUUUCCUUACACCUGUGAAUACUGCGGAUAUGGAGCUGUUAGGAAUGACUAUAUUGUAAAACAUAUCAAAAGAAUACAUAAUGAUGGCAAGAUACAGUGUUCUGUAAGCAUUGCGGAAAAUGAUGCAAAAAACACCUCCGUCAAUAUAAUACAAACUCAGUUGCCUAACAGCAUUAUAGAUGUUUCUUCAAAUGUUACAUUAAACACAGCUGAAGACAUUAUAGAUUUAACGUGUGAUGUAGAAAAUGUUCCCUCUUACCCAAUCGCAUUAAAUGCAAGCACUGAAACAUGUGAGAGUCAAGUGGAAGUAGAGGUGAUUUCUCCAACCGAAGGACUGUUGUACCCCUGGAUGACUUUAACUGUAGUUGCACCUUCAACAUUUCAGGUACCACCUAACUGUUUUGCUCAGGUGGUGGAAGUGAGAUCUGUGGGCAGUACUUGCCACUUAAUUUUAAAUUGUUCUGGAGAGUUAGACUCUGGGUCAUCUGAGGGCUACUCUGAUAAAGAAGUCUCUUUUGAAGACAAAAAACCUGUGUAUUCUGCAGACGUUUUGUUGACACCGGAUAAACAUGUGGAACAGCCAACCCUGUGCUUAUUACAAGAUGGCAGUAGUAUUCAAUCUCUUAAAAGAAUUCCAAUAAGCGAUUUAAACACCACUGCAGAACCAACUUUAUAUACUGACAGUACUUUUCAAAGUAAAGCUGAAAUUAGUGAGAACAAACAGAAUUUGUCUGGAUAUUUUCCCCAACAAAACAUUGAGAAUACCAAUACAUUUUUUGAAGGCCCAUUUAUUUCAUCAGUAUUUUCUCUCAGCUCAGGGUCAAAGAAUAUCUUAGAAGGCAUACAGUGGGAAAGUACUCCAGUCACCAACCCAGGAAAAACACCGCCUAAGAACAGUAUUGAACCAAUGACUUUUUCUCAAUUCUCAGAGAAUAAUGAAAAUAAACUUCUUUCUGCUUCAACUACUACUGCAUUCAGUUACAAUGUGGGAAAAUCAAAGGAUGCAGAACUUCAGAACUAUGUUCCAAGUGACAUAGGGGAGAAAGGAAAUGAACUCUUGUCUGUUUUAGCUACUACUACAAAAGAUGCUCAACUUCAGAACUGUGUUCAACAUGAGAUCGAGGAGAAGGAGAAUGAACUCUUGUCUACUUUAGCUACUUCUGCAUACCUUUCCAAUGUGGAGAAACCAAAAGUUGCCCAACUUCAGAAAUAUGUUCAAAGUGUGAUAGGGGAGAACGAAAAUGACAUUUUGUCUGCUUCAGCUACUACCUCAUUUAGUUACAAUGUGGAAAAAACAAAAGAUGCCCAACUUCGGAAUGAUGUUCCAAGUGAGAUAGGGGAGAAAGGAAAUGAACUCUUGUCUGUUUUAGCUUCUAGUAAGAAAGAUGCACAACUUCAGAUCGGGGAGAAGGAGAAUGAACUCUUGUCUACUUUAGCUACUUCUGCAUACAGUUACAAUGUGGAAGAACUAAAAGUUGCCCAACUUCAGAAAUAUGUUCAAAGUGCAAUAGGGGAGAACAAAAAUGAACUUUUGUCUGCUUCAGCUACUACUGCAUUUAGGUACAAUGUGGAAAAAACAAAAGAUGCCCAACUUCGGAAUGAUGUUCCAAGUGAGAUAGGGGAGAAAGGAAAUGAACUCUUGUCUGUUUUAGCUUCUAGUAAGAAAGAUGCACAACUUCAGAUCGGGGAGAAGGAGAAUGAACUCUUGUCUACUUUAGCUACUUCUGCAUACAGUUACAAUGUGGAAGAACUAAAAGUUGCCCAACUUCAGAAAUAUGUUCAAAGUGCAAUAGGGGAGAACAAAAAUGAACUUUUGUCUGCUUCAGCUACUACUGCAUUUAGGUACAAUGUGGAAAAAACAAAAGAUGCCCAACUUGGGAAUGAUGUUCCAAGUGAGAUAGGGGAGAAAGGAAAUGAACUCUUGUCUGUUUUAGCUUCUAGUAAGAAAGAUGCACAACUUCAGAACUGUGUUAAACAUGAGAUCGGGGAGAAGGAGAAUGAACUCUUGUCUACUUUAGCUACUUCUGCAUACAGUUACAAUGUGGAAGAACUAAAAGUUGUCCAACUUCAGAAAUAUGUUCAAAGUGCAAUGGGGGAGAACAAAAAUGAACUUUUGUCUGCUUCAGCUACUACUGCAUUUAGUUACAAUGUGAAAAAAAUAAAAGAUGCCCAACUUGAGAACGAUGUUCCAAGUGAGAGAGGGGAGAACAAAAAUGAACUUUCGUCUGGUUUAGCUACUACUGCAUUCAGUUACAACAUGAAAAAAACAAAAGAUGCCCAACUUCAGAACCAUGUUCCAAGUGAGAGAGGGGAGAACAAAAAUGAACUUUUGUCUGGUUCUGCUACUACUGCGUCCAUUUACAAUGUGGAAAGAACUAAAGAUGCACUUCAGAAAUUUGUUCAAAGUGAGGUAGGGGAGUCAACAGAAAAAGCAUGUUUGGAUCAAUCUGGUAGAGAAAAACUAUGCACUAGUCUUGAAACAUCCCCACCUCUUGGCAAAAGUGGUAACAAAAAUCCUGUAAAUCAAAGCUCUGUAUUACCUCCAAAUAAAAGGAAAAAAAUUCAGAAAUCAAAAGCACACAAUAAAAAGGAAACAAAUUUUUGUACCAAACCACAGACACUUUUUCUAUCUUGCAAUAAAAAUGUUGUUAUGCAGCCUCUUACUUGUGUGAUGCAACAUGGCCACAAACUUGCCCCUAAUACAACUCCUGCGCUUAAGACGAGUAUAGAUGUGACUAAAAGCUCUAAACAAGAGGAAACUGUUGAUCAAAAUGUAAAACUCCGACAAGAAUUGCGAGUAUUGUCUACACGUAGCAGUCCACCAGAGAAAAUAUCCUCAAAAAUAGUCAGAAAGCAAGGUUGUAAAAAAUUAAAUAGUAGUAUCAAGCCAAAGGGUAAAUCUCUUCCUAAAAGACUUGUGACCUUUUCAAAAAGGACAUUCCUUCAAAGAUCUAAAUCUCUAAGACUCCUACCUGCUUUAUCUAACCAACCAACACAAAUUCCUUCAUACAAUCAGCCUGUAGUGGUAUUAAACCAUCCAGAUGUGGAUUCAUUAGAGACCUUUAGCAUUAUGAAAAUUGUACGUAAGUUUAAGAGCAAUGUUCUAAGUGUAACAUUAUCCAAAACAACGUGCCAGCAAUUCGUGUAAUGUUUUUUGUGAAGAAGAUAAAAUGUUCUUUGGAAUCUGGAUACUUAAGCACUGGUGUCAGUCAAAUGUUUAAUGCAGUGGUUGAACUUAACAUUUUUUAAAUGUGCAUACCUGUUAACGUAAAAUUCAUGUUAAUGUAAUAUGCACUGCCUCAUUUUAAUAUGAUUUUAAUAUGAAUAUAUGAUUGUAAAACUUUUUUGUUUGACCUUGACAUUACCAAGAUGUGCCUUACAGAAAUAAUUUGAGUCAACGCCCUAAAAAUUUAAGGGAAAAGAUAUAUUAAAAGGAAGUUCUCAUCAGACUACAAGUAUUGUAAUAAUAUGUAAUGGGACAUUUUUGUACUUUCAUGACUAUUAUUACCUGUGGUUGUGCAGUG